AGCUGCCCUCUGCGCUCCUCCGGUGCUUUUACGGAAAGAAGCGAUCGGGGAGGGGGGACGGCGGUGGUUGCCGUUGCUGCCGCCCCGUAACCAGUCAUGUCCAAGAAGAGGCUGAAUGGUCUUGCAAAAAAUGGGCAGUGUAGUGAGACUGAGCUGGAAAAUGGACCCACAAAUCUGCCGUCUCCAGGGAUCGAGACGUCCGUUGAUGAAAUGAUGCAGCAGAUGAAGGAGCUCAUCACUGAGAACAAUGAGCUUAAAGAAGCCAUGCGACAGCAUAACCAAGCUAUGAAAGAUCGGUUUGAAGAGCUGUCUGCAUGGAGAGAGAAGCUGAAAGAAGAGCGGGAGUUUUAUGAGACAAAAUUCAAGGAAGCGAGGCAAUGCUUGGCCACCAAAUGUGUUGAAAAUGAAGCACUGAAAAAGGAGCUCCAAACUCUAGAAGAAAAAGGACAGACAAAUGGAAACAGCAUUCCUAAAAAAGAGAUGGCACAAGAAUUGGAGCAGCUGAGGACACAGGUGACCAAGCUCCAGGCAGAAAAGGCAGACCUAGUGGCCAUAAUUUCAGAGCUGCAGCUGAAGCUCAAUAGUACCACUGCGGAAGACUCCUUCGUUGAGAUCAGGAUGCAUGAAGGAGAAGUAAAUGUUGCUUUAAAAGAACAUCAAAAUCUUAGUGGCAAAAAAACUGGUGACUCAGCUACUUAUGCGAGGAGCAGAUCUGUGGAUGAAACAAAAAAAUAUUUGGAAACUGAAGAAUUAACGGUCAGCCAGUUGCUUCAUUCUCUCAGGAGCGAGACUCAGAGGAGGGAAGCAUUAGAAAAGGAGGUGCAGGAACUUAAGGACAGAGUGUUGGGGAUGGAAAAUAAAGCAGAGGAGAGAGGCACUCAGACGGAACUUGAAAAAGAAGAAGAAAAAGGGAAAGCAGAAAGUGUUGGCGAUGAGGUAGAAACUCUAAACCUGCAAGUAUCUGCUCUGUUCAAAGAACUUCAGGAGACACAUGCCAAAUUAAAAGAGGCAGAGUUGAUCCAGAAGAAGCUGCAAGAAAAAUGCCAGGUUCAUGAAAGACAACUUUGUGUACAAGCUGGUGAUUUGGAUGAGAAACAACAGCUGUUGUACACCAUCAAGAAGCUGGAACUUCAGGUGGAAAGCAUGCAGUCUGAGAUUAAGCUGGAGCAAGCCAAAACAAACGAUGAGAAAGUCAAAUUUAAUAAGCUGCAGGAUGCAUAUAGCAAGCUUCUACCAGAAAUGAACAAUGCAAUGCAAACAAUUGAAGAAUUGAAAGAUAAAGAGGCUGGAAAAGUUGAUAAGGCAGUGGUGGAAGAAUUAAUUCAUAAGCUGGACCUAGCAGAGAAAGCCCUGGCUGCCAAACAGCUCCAGAUGGACGAAAUGAAGCAGACUGUCGCCAAGCAGGAGGAAGAACUUGAGACCGUGUCUAUCCUCCGAGCUCAGAUGGAGGUGUACUGUUCUGACUUCCAUGCUGAAAGAGCAGCGCGGGAGAAGAUCCAUGAGGAAAAAGAGCAGUUAGCUGUGCAGGUAGCUUAUCUGCUGUCAGAGAAGGAGGACCAUGGACAGCCUGGCAGGAAUUCACUGGCUGAAAUGCAGAGUCGUCAUGCCACUAGACUGCCAUCAAAUCUGGAUAACUUAUCACACUUUUCCCAAGGAGGAACAGAAAAUCAGGAUUGGCAACUACAACAGAGGAAUCUCCCAGUUCAUUCUUGUCCAAAGUGUGGAAUGAUUCUUCCAGAUAUAGACACACUUCAGAUUCAUGUAAUGGACUGCAUUAUCUAAGCUUUGUCCUAAAAAUUGCUCAUAAAUGAAAACAGCACUUUCUAAGCAAA